AUGCCUCCCAAACAACUCUGCAAAUUCUACCAAAAAGGUAUUUGCCGAAAUGGAAACAGAUGUAAUUUCCUACAUGUGGACCCUGAUGAGGUGGCACAGCCUAACAGAGUAACUUCUGCCCAACAGUUCAUGAAUUUGGACCCAUCGACCAUAGCCAAAGACAUCCGAGAGGACCUAGAUGAGUACAGGUUGUUCCAGAUGAACCCUGCACUCACAGCAUACGGAACAGGUGAGUUUGCCAUAAACAACUUGAUUGCGGGUCGAGAUGUUUCACCAGAGGAACUACGCAUCCAAUACAUGGAAGCUCUGAUGAACAACAAGGUUGAUGACUACAACAAGAACAUUGACCUCAAGAAGAGAGACAUGGAAUUCUGCAUAAAUGAGGUUCGCAAAAAGGAUACACUCGCAGCGCGGUACCAGCAGGUGGGCAUCACUCAUAGGGAUACUAUGAAGCCAUUUAUUGAUAAGACUGUCGAGCAGAGCAUGGCUGAGUUGCAAAAUACCGUGGGAAACAAUUCGUUCGGUGGAGGCUCAGGUGCAUUUGGGUCUUCUGGAUUUGGUCUGGCCUCUAACAGCAACCCAUUCGGCACAAAUUCCAAUCCUUUCGCAUCCUCUGCUACUAGUAAGCCUUCAGGUUUUGGCAGUUCAACUUUUGGCAGCACUGGCUUCGGUAGCGCGGGAUUUGGCAAUUCUGGUUUCGGUAGCAAUGGGAGUGGUUCUAACUCAGGAGGAGCUUUUGGUCUGAGUUUCUCAGGUGGAAAUACUAAUCCCGCACCUUCGGCUUCGACGAGCUCAGGAUUCGGGAGUUCUGGGUUUGGUAGUGCUGGCUUUGGAUCAAACACCACAGGUGGUGCAUUUGGAUCUCAGAAAACUUCUUCAGGGUUUGGAUCGGCGGGCUUCGGGCAGUCUGGAUCCUCAGCUUUCGGAUCUGGCCCUGGUGCUUUUGGAUUACAAUCAAGUAACAAUUCGCUGAGUCCUUUCGGAUCAAAUAACGGUGCUACCGCCACUAACAACUCCAACAGUGGACUCGGAGCUACCGCUUCUAAUUCUGCAUUUGGAAGUUCAGGUUUUGGGGCUUCAAAACCUAAUAAUACAAGCGGAUUUGGUUCUAGCGGAUUUGGGUCUAAUGGGUUCGGAUCUUCUGGAUUUGGCCAGUCCGGAUUUGGAUCGAGCAACUCCACUGCAUCAGGAGCAUUUGGGCAGCAGAAAACGGCAACACAGAACCAAUUGGCCCCAAACUCUACCUCUACUGGUGCCUUUGGAGCUGCUCCUUCUGCUUUUGGCUCGACACAAAAUAAUACCUCAUCAGCAUUUGGUGGCCCCGCCACCAAUACUAACCAAAACACUGCGGCCGCGAACCCGUUUGGAUCUACGACACAAGGGGCUUUCGGCCAACCCGCUCAAGCUAGCUCAACGGGAUUUGGCCAAUCCACAUCUGCAUUUGGUGGUUUUGGCUCAACUCCUCCCGCAUCUGGUACAGCGCCAACAUCUUCUGGAUUUGGAACGACAUCAGCAGCAUCAGCAUUCGGCGCAAUUGCUAACUCCGCCAACUCCUCUAGUGCCGGCUUUGGUUCGGUUAGUGCUUCUCAACCAUCGGGAGCUGCCGCUGCUUCUCUCGACAAAUUUGAUCCAGAAGUUGCCAAAGCAUUCAUGGCAGCCGGAUUCGAACUUGGGAAGGUUCCAGAAGUCGCCCCGCCCCCUCAAGUAUGCUAA